AUGAGGUCUGCUCUUUUUAUACUAAUACCAUUAUUAACUUGUUUACCAUUUUUGGUAUUGGCACAAGAUUAUUAUAAGAUUCUAGGUGUCUCAAGAGGAGCUUCCGAAAAAGAAAUCAAAUCUGCUUAUAGACAACUUUCAAAGAAGUAUCAUCCAGAUAAAAAUCCAAAUAAUGAGGAAACUCAUAAUCAGUUCAUCGAAAUUGGUGAAGCUUAUGAAGUAUUGAGUGAUCCAGAAAGACGUAAGAUCUUCGAUCAAUUUGGCGCUGAAGGUGUGAAGAAUGGUGCCGGUGGAGGUCCAGGGGGACCUGGUGGUCAACCAUUCCAUGAUCCAUUUGACAUAUUUGAAAAAAUGUUCCAUGGUCAAGAAGGUGGGAAUCCAUUCGGUGGUGCCAGGGGUGGAAAACAACGUGGUCAAAAUAUGGUUGCUCGUGAACAAAUAUCGUUAAAACAUUAUUAUUCAGGUAGUGAAAUUGAUUUCACUUUCUCAAUGAACGAUUUUUGUGAUUUUUGUCAUGGUAGUGGGUCUCAAGAUGGGAAAGUUACUAAAUGUAAGACUUGUCAAGGUCGUGGUGUAACUAUUCAAGUAAUUCAAAUGGGGUUCAUGUCACAACAGAUUCAACAAGUAUGUCCACAUUGUGGUGGUAGUGGUGAAGUUGUCAAGAAUGCUUGUAAGACAUGUCAUGGUCAUAAAGUGAUGAAGAAGAAUAAACCAUUCCACGUUAGUGUUCCUGCAGGUGCACCAAGAAAAUACGUCACUGUAAAGAAAGGUGAAGCUGAAAAGAGUCCUGAUUUCGAAGCAGGUGAUUUGAUCUUUGAAUUCAAUGAAAAAGCUGUAGAUAAUAUGGGUUAUAGAAGACGUGGUGACGAUUUAUAUAGAACUGAAGUGAUCUCAAUAGAGGAAGCAUUAAAGGGUAAUUGGGAAAGAAAAUUAGCAUUCUUAGAUGAGAAAAAGACAGUUGUAUUAAAACGUAAAACUGAUGAAAUUGUACAUAAUGGUGAAAUUGAAAGAAUUAAAGGGUUUGGUAUGCCGCUAUUAAACAAGAAGGGUCAAUUUGGAGAUUUAUUAGUGGAAUACAUUGUGUUAAUACCGCAAACACUCAAGAAUUCUAGGAUAAAAGAUGAAUUAUGA